AUGCAGACGUUGGAGCUCGAGGACCCUGAGACGCGCGUGCCGUCCGCGAAGGAGGUCAAACGGGCCUUCAGGCGCCGCGCGAAGGCCUGUCAUCCCGACGUCUCGAGCCACACAGCGUCGCACGAAGAGUUCCUCCGCGCCACCCAGGCGUACGAGUACCUCAUGGCCAUCAUCCAGGGCAAGGAGCCGCCCUCUGGCACCGAACGACCCGAGCCGAAGGCAGGCGACUGGUCCUUCCAUGACUGGUACUGGAGCUUCAGCACGAGCCGCCGCAAGGCCGCCGCGAGCCACGGCCGGCCCUCCGCCGCCCGUGCCGCGCCGAGGAGCGCCGUUCAGGAUCAGCUAGGCAACCUGCGACGUCGUGCGGCGUACCGGGCGGCGAAGCAAGCCGCCUCCAGCCAGCCGGUGGACACGCCCGAGCCCGAGCCACACACGCCGCGCCCCGGCGAGGAGGUCUGGUACGACGGCGCCAGCGAAGGCACCUGCGACUCCGGCUCGUUCGGCUCCCACGUCGUCACUCCGCAGUCGGACGCCAACCCCGCGACCGACAACGACGGUGCGCCGCACGACGUCGGGCCCACGAAGACCAUCGCCGCGGCGCACGCGCUGGCCGACCUGCUAGCCCACAUCUCGGGCGUCCUGCACGCCGCGCGGGGGGACGCCGAGCGUCCUGAGUCGGACACGGUUGUCAGGGAGCCCGGCGUGUUGCAUGGGGGGCCGAUGUUCGACGCGUUCGACGCGUGCCACGGCGCGUGGGCGUCCGCGGGGACGGCGCUGAGCGAGGAGGCGACGGCGCAGGACGCGGACGAGGAGCAGGGGCCGCAGCCGCGGCCGUCUGUGCCGGUGGGCGUGACGUCGCAGUUGGAGGGGCUGCGGAGGCGCGCGGCGAUGCGGCGGUGA